AGUUAAGCCCAACCCCGAGUUUAUGACAAAGAUUGAGGGAGACGGAGCUGCAGUGGAGCAAGUUAUGCCCAACCCCAAGUUUAUAACCUAGACUGAGGGAGACGGACCUGGAGCAUGUUAUGCCCAACCCUGAUUUCAUGGUAAAGACUGAGCCCAACGCCGAGUUUAUGACAGAGACUAAGCGUGAAAGACCUGCAAUGGAGCAUGUUAAGCCCAACCCCGAGUUCAUGACAAAGAUUGAGGGAGGCGGAGCUGCAGUAGAGCAUGUUAUGCCCAACCCCGAGUUUAUGACCCAGACUGAGGGAGACGGACCUGCCAUAGGGCAUGUUAAGCCCAACCCCGAGUUCAUGAGAGAGAUUGAGCCCAACACCGAGUUUAUGACAGAGGCUGAGCGAGAAAGACCUGCAAUGGAACAUGUUAUGCCCAAACCCAAGUUUAUGACAAAGAUUGAGGGAGUUGGAAACAAAUAGAAUCAGGUUGUUUUAAUAUUCAUAUCAUCUUAUAUUCAUAAAUAUAUGGACUUUUA